UGUUCUUUAAAAGGUAGACGGGCUCAUUACAGCCUUCAUGACAGUACCAAAGUGUACUUACCUGAAAAUUUAAAUGUCAAGGAGCUUCUGUCAAUGUUUUUAAAUAAGAACCCAGGCAUGGAAAUUUCCUACGAGACAUUUCGACACACCUUUGUCACUGAGUUCAAUAUCGGGUUUGGAUACCCAAGAACUGACACAUGUUGUUUUUGUGACGAAAAUAAUGCAAAGGUUUCAGGAAUUGAAAGAAAGAUUGCUGCAGUGUCAGUUGAAGAAAAAGAAUCCCUACUUGAAGAAAAGAAAAAACUGGAGGAAGAGCAAAAACUGCAUAUUACUAAGGCAGAUUGGUUUUACAAGUUGAAACGUAAAGCCAAAAAAUCAGCAAAACUACGCAAUGAAGUGGAGGCUAUUGCGAUUGAUUUCGGGAAGAAUCUACCGACCCCCAACAUCUCCACUAGUGAAGUUUAUUUUAGACGACAGUUGACAUUUUACAUCUUCAAUGUACACAUCUUGUCCACUGGGGAAUCCAUCAUGUACACCUAUGACGAGACUGUUGGUAAGAAGGGAUCUGAUGAUGUUGCCUCUUUUUUGUACGAUUUUGUCCAAAAUUACCUGUCAAUGGAAGUGAAAACCCUCUACAUCUUUGCUGAUUCAUGCGGAGGUCAAAAUAAGAACCACACUGUAAUGAAGAUGUUGCACUACCUCACAACUGAAGAGAAACGGUUUGACAAAGUUAUAGUGACUUUCCCAGUAAGAGGACACUCUUAUAUGGAAAAUGACAAAAAUAUGGGAUUAAUCCCUAAAACAGCAAAAGCUGAAACACCUGACGGUUGGAGAUCUGUGUUGGAGAACGCUCGAGUAAAACCAUCACCCUUCACAGUGGUUUCUUGCCAACAGAAAAUGUUCAAAAAAUGGGGAGAGUUUUUGGCAUCCAAAGACUACAAAAAUAAGUUUCUCUUUGCCGUCAGACCGGUAAAACAACUUAGAUUUUUCCAAGAUAAAUGUCUCAGCUUAGAAUAUCGGAACGGAUACAAUGGGGCCUUUUUCACAUCAUCCAUAAAGAAGAAUGAUAGAGAGAAAGAAAGAGAAGAAAAACAAAGAAAAAAGAAGAACUUGCCUAGGCCUGAGCAUAUGGCUGAGCCUGAACAAUCCUACAAUGCACCCUUAGCACUGUCAAAGGAAAAGUGCAACGACCUAAAAGUCCUUCUAAAGUUUUGCGAAGAAGAAGGUUCAAAGGAAUAUUACAUGAACCUUUUUGUGGGAAAUGAAACAGCGAUUGAGGUUCCAGCCGUUGAUGUAGCCGCUCAUGAGACUGCAGAAGCUAACUUUUAAAGGAAGAAACCUCAAGUGAAAAUGUAACCUAAAGUGGAGGUAACCAAAAGUGUGUGGAGCUAACUAAAAGAAAGACGUUGGACCAUAUCCAAUGAAAAUGACAGACUUUCACAGUUUUCAAAUAUUUACAUAUAUCUAAGUUUUGUUUUGUCCUUUUUUCAAUCAAAUGUGAUAAUAAACCAGAAGUUAAAAAAUA